UGGUUCUGCGGCUCUGCAGCCGUGCGGCAGAGAGGAGAGACGACGCAAGGUGACAGGACCCGGACGAUGCAGGGACUCUGCUCCCCGGUGCGAAUACGAUGACCUCGCCGAUACAGGGUCCAACUCCUCGCUCUGACCUCUGACCUCUGACCCCCCCCCGGGACCAUGGACCUCAGUGCCCUGGAGGGUCUGGAGCGCGAGAGCGUCCUGCAGGUUCUACAGCGGGACAAAGUCCUGCGCUCCCUCGAAGAGGAACGCAUCAGGAGGAUGAGGUCGGACCUGCAGGAGAUCCGGAGGAAAGGCGCUAAGAGCUUUGCACGGCAGUACAGCGAGCGCACGUGUGCCCGGUGCCAGAGGCCCCUGGGAAGGCUGUGGGACUCCGGGGCCACGUGUCGCGGCUGCAGCCACCGCAUCUGCAGCAAGUGCCGCAUCACCAGCCCCGCCCACGGGUGGGAGUGCACCGUCUGCCACGCCUACAGGGAUCUGAAGAUUAAGUCGGGCGAGUGGUUUCUGGAGGAGAGGGCCAAGAAGUUCCCCGGUGGUUUAGACAGACAUGACACCACCGGGGAGAAAAUACUGAAGUCCUACCAAAACUUCAGUCACAUCGCCAUUGUACCUCCAACUCCUCCACCCUUUGCUACAGUUCCAUCCUUCAACCGGUCAGGGGGGCUGCAAACAUCCAAACCUUUCACAAAAUCCAUGGAAAACCUGUUUGUGUCCCUGACGUCUCACAUAAAGAAAAUCUCCAAGUCUCAUAAUGACGUCACCGCGGACCCCGCUCUCCUGACCGCGGACUCCUGCAGCGUCUACAGGAAGGAGAGGCGGAGCCAGUCCGACACCGCCAUCAACUGGCCGUUUGAGGUGUGCACAGUGGAGUGCAGACGCCCCAGCCUGUCUGAGCUGCUGCGACAGGACAGAGCCGAGGAGGGGGCGGAGUCUAGCCCCGCCUACACUGACGAUGACACGUCUCCGGGGGCGGAGCUUCCCCUGGAUAAGAGGGGCAGUGUGGGGAGCAUCAGUGUUGGGGAUCUGGGCCUCCUCGACCCGAACGUCUGCAGGACAGGGGAGAUCGAGCUGGGCCUGGGGUACAGCCUCGGGACGUCCCGGCUGGAGGUCUCAGUGAGAGCCUGCAGGAACCUGCCCUUCGGGGACCCCAAGAGGAAGAAAUGCCACCCGUGUGUGAAGCUCCACCUGCUGCCAGACGGCAGUAAGCUGAAGACUGCGGUGAAGAGGAACACCACAGACCCGGUGUUUAACGAGACGCUCGAGUUCUCGAUGGAGCGCCCCCUCCUGGCAGGCCGGACACUGCAGGCCUCGGUGUGGCACUCCGGGACCCUGAAGAGGAGGGUGUUUCUGGGAGAGGCGCUCCUUCCUCUGGACGGCUGGAACUUUGAGGAGAACUUGACCCAGAGCGCCCGAUGGCACCAGCUCUGUCCCAGAACAAAGACGGCCGAUAUCGCUGUGGAGCAGCAGAACAGAGGCUUGCUGGUCAGAGUUAGAUUCUCCUCCUCCUCCUCAUCUCCCAGGCAGGAGCGCAGACCAGCUGACCAGCCGGAAGGAGGAACUGUCUUGGGCCAGCUCACCAUUCAGGUCACUGGAACCAGAAACAUGGUGGAGAAUUUAACCAAAUCACCCGGAUGUGUAAAUGUAUCCGUGAGAGGGCUCCUGUCUCUCCCUGGAGGACCACGGCAGUCCCAGGAGGCACUGCUGCAGGAGCAGGGCUCUGGGUCUCUCUGGAGUGGCAGGCUGGAGUUCAGCGCAGUACCGGCACCUGGCCUGCAGGGGGCGAGCCUGGAGCUGAGCCUGUGGGACCCCGCCCCCCAGGGCCCGAGGCCCCGCCUCCUGGGCACAGCCCGGCUGGAGGAAGCGUCGUCAUGGCAGCGAGUCCAGCAAACCCCCAGCACGUGGCAUGACUUUGGCCUGCCCGUCCAGGCCAGCGAAACCUGAGGGCAACAUUGUGCAGACGUUCAGAGAACCUGAGGGCAACGUUGUGCAGACGUUCAGAGAACCUGAGGACAACGUUGUGCAGACAUUCAGAAAACCUGAGGGCAACGUUGUGGGGAUGGUCAGAAAACAUGGGGGCAACGUUGUGGGGAUGUUCAGAAAACAUGGGGGCAACGUUGUGCAGACGUUACAUCAUCAACCAAGGGCAUAUUUUCCAGCUCGGUUUCUUAACUCCAGUCCUCUGGCCCCAUGUGCCAGAAGGUUUUUGUUGUAACCAGGAACUCACACACCUAAUUUAAUGACUGAACCAAUCAAACCACCAAAAAUGCCCAAGAUUAGUUAGAUCGGGCGUGUGAGUUCCUGGGUCCUGGGGACUGGAGUUGAGAAACUGUUCUCCAGCACCAAACCUGUGAGGACAUUUCAGCUGAAACAGAAAUAAAACCCAACGUCUGGCUGCAGAUCAUCAGAGACAGAGGCCAAUCAUACCCUCUGAAAUACCUCCAACCACCAAUCAGAGCCAAACCAUCUUGCCCCAGGACACACCCACCCCCUCUUCCCAAAUGUCGAAAUGUCGCCCUUCAAUGCACUUCCUGUCAAACAGAGGGAACGUUAUAAUCCUAACACACAAGUUGUCUUUUGAAUGAGCACAUCUGUCUGCUUGCUGCCUUUUUCCUGAAUGGGUUAUUUUGUUAACACUGCAUCUCUACCCUCUGUCCUGGCUGUUCCUACGCUAAUCUAAUAAAAUAAAAAUAAACUCUGUUCUGUCCAAUAAA